AUGGUGGAGGCUUGUGACCCCCAUGUUUCUGGGACCAAUAUUUGCCAUGAUGGGAGCUUGGCUCACUUAUCAGGUCCAGAACAAAGACAUAAUUUCAAAGGAAGUUUCAGAGGGCAUGUUCCGAAAGGCGAUAUUGUCAUUCUUUAUGAUAGUGAUAGUAUAUAUACUACUGAGGAGAAAGCGAUUGAGAAUUCAGGGUCUGUGAAGUGUUUUGAAGCCAACUUGCUGGAAGUGAACGUGUCUCCCAAACAAAUGCAGAUGGUAGAAGAUUGA